AUGAUAAUUCCAAUAACGAUCCCUUCUCCUUCUGACACCUCUGACUCUCCAAAACUCCCGCCUCAACUAGCAAAGCUCGGCCACGAUGAACUCUUCCUGAUCGAAUUACAAGGCUCCCUUGAUGUAGAGGGCACAGGAAUUAAUGAGAGAGAUGGUCGCCUAGUGGGAAAGCUGCAGAUGGACGACUCGAAUAAACCCACUCUUGUGAUUGGGCAUCACCUUCUGGAAGGGAAAGUCGUCAACCUUGUCAAACCACUAGGUGUCCUUCAUCGAAAGGAUCGCAAUGGAAACUCCGAUCAGCCUAGUUCUCAUAUCCAAAGUCAUGAUUAUGAUCAGGACGGAGAACCACAGGUGUCAAGUGAUGAAUCUCAAAAAGAACCCGCUGGAUGGGACGUUGUUGCAGUGGUAAAGAAAAAAAUCGUUUUCUCGAAGAGACCAAUGCCCAUUGCUGGUAACGUUGGUUAA